GUCGCAUUCAGGAACACCGCGGCCGGCGGCCUUGACCCCGACCCGUCUCAAUUGAUACCCCGUCUCCUUUCUACAAUCGACCAUGCCUCGUCGAAACCAGGCUGCACAUAUUCUGCUAGCGUUGGCGUGUGCCAGCUCUACAGCUUGGGCCAGCAAGAAGGCCUUCAACAUCAAUGAUGACCUAUUAGCUUACCCUCAAUUUGAGGUGCAUUUCCCCGAUGACUACGUCCUCGAUUCCCAUGCCAGAGAGCUCCUACGAGAGCGCAGUGAUAGCUCUUCGACCUUCGCCGAUGAUCAAGAGAAGUCCGCCCAAGUGUACCUAGGCCGCAAUACCCAUGACAACAACCACGCAACCCCCCGCGAUGGCGACGACGGAUUCAGCUAUGAGGAAAUGCUUCUGGGAGAACAGCGGUUCCUCUGCCAGAUCCCCCGCGUCGAUGUUGAAGACCGGACCAAUGCCACCGGACAUCCUCACGAAGCGGACGAGCAGAAGGAGCUGGCGCGCGCGAUGGAUCGGGGCCUGGAGCUCCUGCGCGAGAUGGAGGGCAAAUGCAUGUAUUAUAUAUCCGGAUGGUGGUCCUACUCUUUCUGCUACAAGAACCAGAUUAAGCAGUUCCACGCCCUCCCUUCGGGAAGUGGCGUUCCCAACUACCCGCCUAUGGAGGACCAUACAACACACUCCUUCAUUCUGGGCAAAUUCCCUCAGGGAGAGGGCGACGAAGAUGAGGUAGAAGGGGCUUCAGACCAGAAGAAAGCUGUCACAGACGUGGCAGAGCUCCAGACGAAGGGCGGCUCCAGGUACUUGGUGCAACGAUUGGAUGGCGGCACGAAAUGCGACCUGACAGGUCGGGACCGGAAGAUCGAGGUCCAGUUUCAUUGUCACCCUCAGUCGACAGACCGCAUUGGUUGGAUCAAGGAGCUGACCACAUGUUCCUAUCUCAUGGUCAUCUACACCCCGCGUCUAUGUAACGACGUUGCCUUCCUGCCGCCCCAGCAGGACGAAGUACAUGGAAUAGAGUGUCGCGAGAUCCUAGACCCGGAGCAAGUAUCGGACUGGGAAGCGCUCCGGGAGUAUCAGUUGGCGCAACGACUAGUAGAAUCCGCCGUGAUGGAGGAGUUCCCGGUCGUCGGAGAUAUCCAGGUCGGUGCUCAGAAGCUGGUGGGAUCGGAAGGCAAGGAGAUUGAGAAAGGACGCGUCGCGUGGGCUGGAGAAGAGAUCAUUGAGGUUGUGGCCAAGCGCGAAAACGGAGAAGUGCAACAAUUGUCGCGCGAGGACCUGAAAAAGCACGAUCUGGACCCAGAGAAGCUCGAAACGUUGAAGAAGCGCUUGGAAGAGUGGGCCAAGGGCAAGGACUGGACGCUGGAGGUCAUCUCGGUCAAUGGAGAACGUCAACUGCGCGGCCUCGUUGAUGAUGACGAGGAGGAGGAAGACAACGGAGAGGGCUCCCAGGAAGAGAUGGUCUCGGAUGCUCCUUCCAAGGAGACGACUGAAGCAGAGGCGGCAGGGCAGGAGCCACAACCGCAGCACCAGGAAGAACAGCAGCCAUUGGAGACCGACGAAGCCGAGGAGGUAAGCAAGAAGAGGGUGAAGGAUGAGUUGUAGCUAAUGUGAGGGCUUUGCUUUUGCUCUAUCGGGGUGCCCUUGUGCAACUUCCUCUUUGCGUCUACCAUGUGUUUUCUUCUUCUUCUAGCGUGCGUUCGUAGCUACGGCUGAUUAUAUCCCAUUG